UGUCGUUUUUUUCAUGUCGUACAUAGAAUAUAUUUGACCGAAUAGCAGUGCAAAAUAUAUAAUAUUGCUGCAUAGGCAUAUGAUAGUAACUUAAAACGAUGACCAGCACUGACGAAAACCCGUUUGCAGCGCUGCUGCAGGAUAGCCAAUCAAAGACCAAUGGCGUGUCCAAAAAAUUCAUUGAGCAGAUUUUGCUCUUUACCCUGAGCAAUGAUUGCAGCGCAGCUGAUACUAAACGGUGCUUGUUGUGCCUGGCUGAUGUGGUAGUCGCAGACAACACCGAUGAUGACACGCUGGGCGAGGACUUGCUGGCGCACGCCUUGUUCGAACGGCUUUUGCUGCAGGACACAGACAAAUAUCUGCUGACCAGAGGUGAAAAUAGCAGUGCGGCGAUUGCGGAUACUUUGGAGACACGGGCCGUGCACUACCUGCACAAUGCGUUUGCACGCUGCGAGCAGGUGCAGAUGCAAUGCAAGCCCGAAGAGCGCCCGUACUGCGCAAAAAUUAUGGAAUUAAUAUUGAACAAUGCCAGCACAUGCAUGCGCCAGCCUGAUCUCUUUGCGUCGCAAUCUUUUGCCACUCAAUGGCUGGAGCUGUUUGAGCAGGCCAAUGAGCACGAUACACAUACACAGGAGUUUCUGGUACGCGUGGCCACCAAGGUGGUAGAAGAGGAUGAACCGCUAGAGGCGCUGGGCGCUCUCAAAGCUGUUUUCUAUCCGAUGCUAAAUGACUUGCAAAAGACCAUUGCCAAGGAUAAUUUAAUAAGCAUUAAGAAGAAUAUAUUCUGGAUUUUGGGCUAUUUUGUGCGUGACAAGCGCGCCGCUGUUCUCGGCGAAGUACUGAUUGACUACAUGACCCCGAAUCCUAAGGCCAAAGGUGGCGAUUAUAUGGAUACUCUCUUGGGACAGCUGCUUUGUAUCUCCAUUAUACCAAAGACGCAAAAUAGUCCCUACGAAUACUUUCGCGAUGUUUCGAUAGCCACACAACAAACUGAUCCAUCGCUGUGGCAACUACUCUCACAUCAUCAGCAGUCAAUAUUUCUAUUAAUAAAGCAGCUGCUUGUGUUAUCAGCGGACACCAAACAGAAGACCCUGCAAUGGAUUGCAAAUUGCUUGGAUGCGAAUAAAACUCGUGGACAUUUGUGGAGCACUAUCAAUAUAAGCUUUGAGCAGACUGUGCACAGCACGGCCAGCGAUGCAUUCAUGACCGGCUUAACUGCAGUUUUGGUGCGUCUCUGCUCGCCGCUCUGUGCGCCAGCGUUGAAGGUGCUUAUGGUCGAUCCCACUUAUUGCGCCGUUCCAGAAAACGAGCGCCAAGAGAAGCAAAUUCACCUGGUGAAGGCCAGCGAGGAAACCUGCCUGCUGCCCACUGAAGAGGGUGAACAACGUCUUACUGCCGAAAAAUACAAUUUUAUCACCGAAAUCUUCUACAUGACUCACAAGGCUUUCGAAUUGGGCAACAGAGCCUGCAUUGAGCGCUUGACGCGUAUGAUGCGCGAACUGCAGAAUACACAGACCGCCUAUCAGGAUGUAGCCAACAGUGAUCCGAACAACGACUUGGCCAAGAACCUAUUUCGCAUGCUGACAGAUCAAAUGCAGCAGGUGCUAUGCAUACGCAACGCACUGGCAGAGCCCGAUACUGAUACGGCAAUAUUAAAAGUGUUCGAAGCCUCUGCUAUUUGGUUGACGGAAAUUGCUCAGUUGCCCCGCGAAAACUACGAAAUGGCUUUGGACAAAAAAGAUUUUGCACCGCAUACACUGCGUAACAUGGAGUUGCUUUCGGAUACUCCCGCUUUUGUGGCGCCCUAUAUGAAAUCUGUGCCCGAGAGCAUUAUUGAUAAUAUUGUGGGCUAUUUGAACUUCUGCCGCAAUUUUUCAGGCGAUCAGUAUAUUCAAAUGUAUUUCUCAUCACAUGAUGCUUUCUUCAAGAUGAUACUACUGUUUAUGGGUAGCUCGGGCCUAGUAAAGAAUCCACAUUUGCGUGCCAAACUGGCUGAUGCAUUGGAAUUUCUACUGCCCACCGAAAUAUCAGGCAGCAAUCGCAAAUCAUUCCUUACGCACGUGUUUGACAGUCAUCCGGAUCGGCUAAAGGUCGUCCGCAGCUUGUUGAACGUAUUUGUGAGCAUUGAAAUGACCGGACAGUCGGUGCAGUUUGAACAGAAGUUCAACUAUCGUCGUCCCAUGUAUGCUAUAAUGGAGUUUCUAUGGACGAAAGAGGAGCAUGUUGAGUGUUUCAGACAGUUGGCGCAAGAAGCGGAGGCCAAUAUGGAAGCUAUUGAGCCUCCGCUCUUUCUGCGCUUCAUUAAUUUGCUCAUCAACGAUGCCAUUUUUCUGCUAGAUGAAUCUCUGUCAAAUCUGGAGCAAAUCAAGCAAUUGCAACGCGCGCAGGCCGCCGGCGAAUGGAACAACUUAUCGCACAAUGAGCGCCAGCAGCAAACGACCAAUUUGCAUCACUUGGGUAUGCUGGCGCGCUUCGACAACAUUCUGGGUCGCGAUACCAUCAACAUUCUAAAGCUUCUUACCACUGAGAUCAAGAGCACUUUUUGCCACAACAGUAUGGUGGAUCGGAUUGCUUCCAUGCUGAACUAUUUUCUCCUGCAUUUGGUAGGCCCAAAAAAGGAACGCUUCAAGGUGAAGGACAAGAAGGAGUUCGACUUCGAUCCGGCCCAAACCGUAAUAGAAAUUUGUCACAUUUACAUAAACCUAAGCAGUAGCGAAAGCUUUUGUCUGGCUGUGUCGCAAGAUGGCCGAUCCUACAGUGAUCAGUUAUUCAGCUAUGCCGAAAAUAUACUGAUUCGCAUUAGUGGAGGUCAGCUAAUUGGCGAUAUGUCCGAGUUUGCCAUCAAAGUUCAGAAGAUGAGCGCACAAUAUAAGGAGGAGCAGGAGCUAUUAGCCGAUGCGCCCGAGGAGUAUCUAGAUCCCAUAAUAUCAACCUUAAUGACCGAUCCGGUUGUCCUGCCCAGUUCCAAAGUGACUGUGGAUCGUUCGACUAUUGCCCGUCAUCUGCUGAGCGAUCAAACAGAUCCCUUCAAUCGUGAACCUUUGACCAUGGAUAAAGUGAAGUCGAAUGAAGCCCUCAAGGUGGAAAUAGAACAAUGGAUCGAGGGAAAACGUGCCGCCGCACGCUCAAAGAGUUGAACAACUAACUAUUAAAUUUGGCAGCCCUGGCAAGGGGAACUACCAAAGAGUUUGUGUAGCUUAAAUUAAUGUUUGUUGUGAGAACUGCUGUUGUAUUAAUUUAUGGAUGUAUGUAUAAGGUGUAGAAAAUAUGUACAAACGGACCAUGCAAUUUUUUCCUCUCGACACUCACAUUUUUAUGUAAAAGACUUUAAAUAUCGGUUUGGGUUUCUAUAAUUUGCAAACGUUUUAAGCGUAUAAGUCAAGCCCAUAAGAUUAAAUAUGUACACCCAAUACAUAUUUAUGGAGGCUCUUUGUAUAAAUAAAACUUUCUUCAUCGAAUUAAAAUUUAAAGCAA